AUGUUGGCCGUGGAGGAGGCCUAUCCACCGUUGUACGAGGAAAGCAUGAACACUGUGCUGAGACAAGAGGUUCUGCGAUAUAAUCGUUUGCUAGAGGAGAUAAGGUCGACGGUUCCGGAGCUUCAGAGGGCCCUCAAGGGUCUGGUGGUGAUGAGUGAAUCACUGGAGAAGAUGGGGAGCGCCUUCCUGACCAAUCAAGUGCCGGAAGCAUGGGCCGAUAAGGGGUUCCUCUCGUUGAAGCCCCUGAGCUCCUGGCUGGCGGAUCUGAUCGAUCGCGUGGCGUUCAUGAAGAAGUGGGUUGAAAAUGGAGUUCCUCCGGCGUUUUGGAUCAGUGGGUUGUUCUUCCCUCAAGCGUUUCUCACGGGCACCCUGCAAAACUUCUCGAGAUCGAAGAAAGUCGCUAUUGACAGACUCGCCUUCGACUUCACCAUAUUGGAUGACCGUAAAGUGGAUGAAAUCACAGAGCGUGCUGCUGAGGGUGUCUAUGUUUAUGGUAUAUUUCUUGAAGGUUGCCGAUGGGAUCCAACAGCCCAUCUUUUAGCUGACUCGCUUCCCAAGGAGCUCUUCUGUGAACUCCCUCCUAUUCACUUCUUACCUGUGGUUGAUCGAGAGCAGCCGAAGGGUAUCCUCCACUGCCCUAUCUACAAGGUGGUUAGUCGUCGAGGCACACUGUUGACGACGGGACACUCGACCAACUUCGUCCUAUAUAUAGACAUUCCUAGUGAUAGGGAUGAAGAUAUUUGGGUGAGGGCAGGAGCUGCUGGCUUCCUAGCACUCAAGACAUGA